AUGUUCGCAGAGCUCCAACAUCCGGUCUCCUCCAACAGCGACAUUGUGGUUUUCGCCACCCAUCUGAAACAGACCCACCAUCCAUACGACCGACGCAGUUCAGUUCCUAACACUGCAGUCGAAAGCUCACGUCACCGCGUCAGUCGAUCUUCGGAGGACCAUCGGGUCGUUUCAGAGGAGUUUCGGGAUGGUUCGAGUCGUUCGAGAACCCUGCACCAGUCACUGACCGUUCUGAGUCCUCUCGAUGAGGCUCCGGGAGGUCGGAGUCGUUUCACAGCCACUGCCGCUGCAUCCACGGAAAGUCGAAGACGACACAACGAUAAACGAUGA